AUAAACCACCUGACAUUGCGUUCUCUAUCAGGCCCGUAGGUCAUCGGGCUCGAUGGCAAUUUUAUAUAGUUACCCCUGAUGUUUCUCUUUUCCCCUUUUGAAGCCAUUGGAAUAGGGGAGAACAGACCCUAAUGUAGGACCGUGUCUUCUGGACCUGUCUGGCCAUAUAGUUUCGGACAUUAUUCAUUCUCAAGUGACUGAACGUCUUGAGUGAGGAUGAUUAAAGGGGGCUCUCGGUCGACCACCUCGCUUCCACCGGAGCCGGUGGAAAUAAUCCGGAGCAAGGCGCACUACCGUCGGGUUAGACUCAAUGUUGGGGGUCUCCUCCACGAAGUUCUAUGGAGAACGCUGGACAGGUUGCCGCGAACAAGGCUGGGCAAACUACGAGACUGUAACACCCACGAGUCUCUCAUGGAGAUAUGCGACGACUACAGUUUGGAUGAUAAUGAGUACUUUUUUGACAGACACCCCGGGGCUUUCACGUCCAUUCUGAAUUUCUACCGCACGGGAAAACUGCACAUGAUGGAGGAGAUGUGUGCCCUGUCGUUUAGUCAGGAGCUGGACUUCUGGGGUAUAGAUGAGAUCUACCUGGAGUCCUGCUGUCAGGCCAGGUACCACCAGAAGAAGGAACAAAUGAACGAGGAGCUCAAAAGAGAGGCCGAAACUAUGAGGGGCAGGGAAGGCGAGGAUUUUGAUACCACAUGUUGUUCUGAGAAACAAAAGAAACUGUGGGAUCUCCUGGAGAAGCCGAGUUCAUCGUUAGCUGCUAAGGUCCUGGCCAUCAUCUCCAUCCUCUUUAUCGUGCUGUCAACCAUUGCCUUGUCUCUGAACACCCUCCCGGAGCUGCAGGACAUAGACGAGUUUGGCCAGGUGACAGACAACCCUCAGCUAGCUCACGUGGAAGCGGUGUGCAUCGCCUGGUUCACCAUGGAGUACCUGCUCCGCUUCAUCUCCUCGCCCAGCAAGUGGAAGUUCUUCAAGGGUCCACUAAACAUAAUAGACCUGCUGGCCAUCCUACCCUACUACGUCACCAUCUUCCUGACUGAAUCCAAUAAGAGCGUUUUACAGUUCCAGAACGUCCGGAGGGUGGUGCAGAUCUUCAGGAUCAUGCGUAUCCUCCGUAUUCUGAAGCUGGCCAGGCAUUCCACAGGGCUUCAGUCUCUGGGCUUCACCCUGAGGAGGAGCUACAAUGAGCUGGGCCUGCUCAUCCUAUUCCUGGCCAUGGGCAUUAUGAUCUUCUCCAGCCUUGUCUUCUUCGCCGAGAAGGACGAGGAGGACACCAAGUUCAAAAGCAUCCCGGCCUCCUUCUGGUGGGCUACCAUUACUAUGACUACGGUGGGGUAUGGGGACAUCUACCCAAAGACUUUACUGGGUAAGAUAAUUGGGGGUCUAUGCUGCAUAGCUGGAGUGUUGGUGAUAGCCUUGCCCAUCCCCAUCAUCGUCAACAACUUCUCAGAGUUCUACAAGGAGCAGAAGAGGCAGGAGAAGGCCAUCAAACGGCGGGAGGCCCUGGAGAGGGCCAAGAGGAACGGCAGCAUCAUCUCCAUGAACAUGAAGGAGGCGUUUGCACGCAGUGUCGAGCUCAUAGACAUAGUGGUAGAAAAUAAUGGAGAGAACAUGGGGAAGGUGCAGGACAACCACCUGUCUGUUAGCCACAGGAAAGAGACUCCCAAGAGGACCACCUCAGAGAUGGGCUUCACUCAGUCAUUAGAGCCCAGCUCACCAGACAAAGCCCAUCCCGCCAGCCCUCAGCAACUCAACGCUCAGAAACUGGAGGAGAUGUACAACAAGAUGGCUAAGACCCAGUCUCAGCCUAACCUGAACAGUAAGGACAAGGGGCAUUUGUCUAAAGCGCCCAAGAAGAGAGACGAGAUAGAGAUGGGUAUCAUCCCCACAGAGCCUGCCCCAACCACAGACAUGAGGAGCAUGUCCAGUAUUGACAGCUUCAUGAGUUGUGCUGCUGACUUCAAUGAAAGUGCUCGCUUCUCCCACAGCCCCAGCACCAUUGUUCCAGGGAGGGUUAGCACCAACCCCGUGCUCGAGACUACCCUGGAGCACGAGGCCAUGGUGUCCCCCCACAGCGCCACCAAGGUCCCCGGAGGACGAGGCUCCAAGCACGGCCUGUUCUCUGACAGCCCCCGGGGCCUACGCUUCAGCAACCCGCUAAAGAACCGCUCCCUCAAGGUCAACUUCAAAGGCGGGGACGCAGACCCUUCCUCCUCCUCCUUACCACAGGGGCCAGGGGGCGGGGCCCUCUCAGAUAGCUCUGCCCUCUCUGCCCACUCCCUCAUGAGUCCUGAGGUGUCUGUCUACACCACUGCCAGCAGCAAGACUCCACCCCCUGAGACCCUGAUCCCGACAGUCUUCACAUUCCAUGACGCGUCCAUCAGUAAGUUCAUUGAUGCUGACACGGACGAGGAGGAACACCUCCAUGAUAGCUCGGGUACAAACGCCUCCCAGAGGCUUCUGGGAAAAGCCAGCCCCAAGCUCAGCUCCUACAGCAGCCACCACCGCGUGGCCAACCACCUGGAGGGCUCCCAGAGAAUGCUGGGUAACAGUGUGUUCCCCUUGGAGGCCCAGUCAGGUGGGGGACAGGGGAAUCAUGUGCUCUCCCGGGGAGAGAGGAGUCGUUCAAACACCCAUAAUGAGAGCAAGUGAGGUAGGGGAGGGAAUAGAUAGUACAGACAGGACCCAAACAGGAGGACAUUGUGCAUAACUCUGCAGAUCUGGUCACACACUGUAGAUUUAGGCAUUACUGAAUCAGCAUUGUGCUAAAAUAAAUGUUGUUAAUUUCCUUGUGUUUUCUUCCUCAAAACUGGCCUUAGUUAUAUGUGACUAUGUGUAUGCAUAGCGUGCACGUGUGUUUGUAUGUCUGUAGGUGUAUGUGUAUGCAGGAUGACAGGCAGAUAAACAUACACACACAGUUAUGCAGUAUUUUAUGUAUAUUGUUUUCCUUUUUUUAUAAUAUAAAUAGUAUAUUUUCUUUGGUCUGUUAUUUUAUGACUCUAUCUGAGAGGUGAACUUUCAUCCUUGUUUAUCAACAGUUUGGUUCAGCCAUUAGAAAGGUAACGGCCACUUUGAUUUCCUGUCUGUUUCCUCAUUCCCAUCACGCCUCUGCCUCCCACCUCCCGCCUCCCGGGUAGCACUAACCGCAUUAACCGAAUGUUUUCAAUUCUGUACAGGGUAUUCUUUGUUGUUUUGUUUGUUUACUUAUUUUUUUGUUUUUUAUUGUGUGUGUUUUAUCCAGACAGGUUAGGGUUAGGUUUAACCCACUCUCCUUUAUAUUUUAAUACUCUCUCAGAUGUGUGGUUGUGGAUGAUUGUCAUACUUCAUAUCCAAUCACCAUUGAUACUGGGGAGGGGAUAAUAGCAUCCAUUUAGGCUGGAUUGAAAGUACUGAAAACACUCAGAUUUUCCUUUUUAAAGUUCCACAUUUGUACAAUUGAUAAUACUGUAAUAGCAUAUAACUCAACAAGAACAUGAAAAAAGAACACACUCAUUGGGCAAAAAGUUAUAUUUUUAAAAUAUAUUUUUAGUAUGGUAUAUUAGAAGAAUGAAUUAUGCUAAACUCAUAGAUUUGCAUUUCAAUACAUUGUUUUAUUUUAGAGAGAAUAUUACAAGAUAAUGAAUUUGUAUUUUUUGCUAGUAGUUAGGGUAAAUGUUUGUCCUUCUAUCCUUCGUACAAUGUGAAUAACUUUGUAUAACACUCUGUUAAACCCAGGGCAUCUUUAAUCAUAUCAUGGCCCCACAAAAUGUUAUUAAUUCAUUAUAACAAUAGUUUCAAAACAGCAGAAUGUCCAAAAUAUUUCAUGAAGCCAGGACAAACUCAAACACAGCGGAGAUGAAGGGAGAAGGGAGGAGUGGAAGGGGGAGAUGGUAAGAUGGCACACAGGAAGUGAGGACAGGAAGAAAGAAUAGGGAAGAGCACUUUAUCAUGGUCUCAUUGGAUGACUUCCACACUAUGGAUGGUAGAGCUGGGGACCAGCUGCCAGAAUUCACAACAAGCAUCAUAUGGCUACAUACACAGACACUGACAAACACAGAGCCACUCACAUGCUCAUACACAUGCAGUCAACACAUGCUCAUACACAUGCAGUCAACACAUGCUCAUACACAUGCAGUCAACACAUGCUCAUACACAUGCAGUCAACACAUGCUCAUACACAUGCAGUCAACACAUGCUCACAGGCAUGUUUUAUGUGGGUUCAAUCUAAACUUAACCUAUCCCAGUACAUCUCAUAGGUAGUAUCUGAUACAGACCACAUUUCCAGCUCAAUAUAUUCACUACCCUCGUACACUUUACAAUGUUAAAGAUACAAUUUUAAUUUAGCCUUUAAAACACCCGGCUAAACACUCAAUAUAGAGUGAGAAAAAAGUGUAUUGUCGACUUACAUUGUCCUAUUUUUCUAUUGUCAGACUACAUGCAAAGAGAUAGGUAUUUCUGUGCCUCUGCCAGUAAAAAACUUGCUUCCCUCCCCCAUCUCCACUCUGAAAAGUCUGUCACUAUAGCCUCAGUUUAAUAGAGCUCACAUGACAAUUCAAUAAAGUGUAAAGCAAAUAAACACAGAGAACUGGGUCACCAUGCUGUCAGGGUGUGGUAUUAAAGCACACAAACACCCAGACACGCAAUACACACAACACACACACACACUGGUAGCACACAGGGACACACACAGCAAUAGUGUGCUGCCCCAUAGACUUAAAUAAAUAAAUACACACAUAAUUUUGAAUAACCAAAGCCAAACACAAUCACACAUGAGGGCAUGGCCUACUAAAGAAAUAUACUAUCAAAAAUUAAAAGAGAUCCCUAGGGGGAGGGGGGGGGGGGGUGGUAGGCUGGUGUGACCAACCAUUUAGUUAGUUACAGUCAGAUGAUGAGAGAACAGUUGGGCAGAGAGCUGUCUGUUUCUCCUGAUGUCUGUAGCUAUUCAUGUGGACCUCAGGCCCUAGUCCAGCCCCACUUUAUAUCCAUAGCCAGUCCACUAUUAGAUUAUUUUAUCCCUAACAAUGGAAUAUUGGGCCAUUUAGUCUGUAUUGGAAUUAAUUUAAUAAGCAUUACAGAGCAUUGUAGGACACUUGACCUCUUAACACACACCCGGUAGAAAGACCAUUACCCCCUGACAUACCAGAGCAGCAUUACUUCCUUUAAGACACAUAUUAAAUAUAGAUCACUUUAUCAUCUAUGUUCAUGCUUUCCUUUUCAAAGGGAAGAUGGCUAUUAAAUCAAUAGGACUACUGUACCGAGUCAAGGAAUAAAGCCUGUCUGUUUGGUGACUCAAACACUGAGGGAUAUUUUGAGUGUGUUCCAUUCUCCUGUUUAACACAAAACACAAGAGUGUUUGUGAUCAUUUUUGUGUAUUUCCUACUGAAAGGGUUGCACUCUUGAGCAUGUUUGUGUAUAAUGAGGCAGGUUUUUGGAGUUGAAUCCAUUUCUCUGGUUCCAUAAAUACCAGUCUGGGCAGGGCAGUGGAAAGAUCAGGCCACCAACAAAGUGGCUUAGGUACACCUGUGCCUUUGGCAGUUCAAGUCACAGAGUUCUUUGAAAGUAAACGUUUUAAAGAGUAAAGUGUCAGGGAUAGGUGAAUUGGCAUUUACAAGAAAAUAACAGGCCAGGUAAAGUUGUGAGAGGGUUCCGUUGUGGGAACUGCAUAUCCAUGGAUAAGUUGCAUUUUAGAGACAAGAGGGUAGGCCUACAUUGUUCUCUUAUUGCAAGGUGUAUUAUUAUUCUCAUAAAAUGAUAUUAUUAUAUACCUGCUUCAUCUGUCUCAGAAUACUUUGUCAACUGUCCCGUUCUCUAUAGCUGAAAGUCCUCGGAGGCAUCUAACCUUGAAGUCGGGUUCAGUUCUCAAGCCCCCACAAUUCACCUUCAAAACAUUUGGUAAUUGCUACAGUGAGUGGGCCCCUAAGUAACUACUGAUUAUGUGCAUAACAUCAAGGCCCAACACCCCCUGUAUUAAAUCCAAUACAAACUGAAUUCAGACAAAUGAUUAAUUCAAAAAUGUAUUUGGAUCUUUCCUGUAUUAGUAGUCUUCUAGGUCUAGGAUAUUGAUGUAUAACAAUCAAUACAUUGUAACAAAGUCGGAGAUGGGGAAAUGGGAGGAUAUAUGCAUAGAUCAUACGAAAGUCAGGGUCUCCUUCCACAUAAAAUACUACAGCAGAGCUCAUUCACACAUGGUAAAGUCAAAUUUAACAAUCAAUCAAUCAAAUGUAUUUAUAAGCCCUUCAUUUAUUUAAAAAAAAAACGUCACAAAGUGCUAUACAGAAAUCCAGCCUAAAACCCCAAACAGCAAGCAAUACAGAUGUAGAAGCAUGGUGGCUAGGAAAAACUCCAGAGAAAGGCAGGAACCUAGGAAGAAACCAAGAGAGGAACCAGGCUCUGAGGGGUGGCCAGUCCUCUUCUGUGCCGGAUGGAGACUAUAAGAGUACAUGGCCAUUUAAGGCCAGAUUGUUCUCCAAGAUGUUCAAACAUUCAUAGAUGACCAGCAGGGUCAAAUAAUACAGAUUUCAAACCAGCAUAAUGGUGAUCAUGAUUCCUGUUUCUCUUUUACACUCUGGUGUUGGAUGAACUUCUAUGAUUUUAAUGUGGCUUUUAUUUGUUUUUGUUUCCCAUUUUCUUUUGUUAUAAAUAAAUGCGCUCUAUUGGACCCUGAGCUAUCUCUUUGAAACGGGCCUCCUACUUGGCCAAACCAAACACACGGACUCCAGACAGACUCAUUAAUAACAUUCUUACUACAUGGUUGUAAAUAUGAUGUCCCCAAAAGCACAAUUGAUUAUUUAUUUGAUUCAUCAUUUUAUUUCAUCAUCACCAACUACCAAACAAACAGAUGCAGCCAACUGCUAAUGCUCCACAAACUGAACCGAAUUAUCCCCCCUUUUCCAGAGAAUGUAUCCUCCCCUCCGCUCUCUCACGCAGCCCUCUAUGCUGUCGUUUUUAAGUUUCAUGCUUCGUUUGUACCAGUUUACUUUCUAGGCUCUUGUCUAUGUUGUGUUCUGUUGUUUGACGCAUGUAGCGCUACCAAGUUAUGACACAGAAACUGUAAAUUUCUUGUACAUAGCAAAAGCAAAAUGUCUAUGAUCUUUUUGAAUCAAUGUUCUCCCUUUACUGACUGAAAACGAAAUACAAGUCCAGA